CGCAGCCGCUGGACCCCUUGGCUUUCAUCUCUUGUCAUCCUGCUGUAAGUUCUUUCGGAAACGGCUAAAAUGGCGUGGACCGCGGGUUUAGGAGCCGUCGUGGCGAUUACAAUUUUAUUGCAAGUCAUCAGCGUUUUCGGCCAAGGAACGAAAGAGGCUCAAAUAAAAAAGGAAAUUUUCAAAGAUUAUGACCCAACAACCAUCCCUAGAAAAAGUAUGGACUCUACCCUUACCCUUAAAUUUGGCGUUGCUUUGAUAAGCAUAGCAGACUUGGACGAAAAGGACCAAUGUUUGACGCUGAACGUCUGGGUCAGAUAUUUCUGGAAUGACCAUCGGCUCAAGUGGGACCCCAAUGCGUACGGCAAAGAAAAACAGAUUCGUGUUUCCUCGAAAAACCUAUGGACACCAGAUGUAAUGCUAUACAACAACGCCGACCGCACCUACGGUCUUGCCCAUCGUCCGAACGCCGUUGUCAACUCUAAUGGAGACAUUCUAUGGAUUCCCAUUCAGCAACUGAAGUCUAGUUGCACCAUCAACCUGUUUAGAUUUCCAAGGGACAGCCACAAAUGCGAAUUGAAAUUCGGAUCUUGGACAUUUGACGGAACGAAGCUCGAUCUGCAAAUGUACGAAAACUCCAGCACUCCAGACCUGAAUGUCUUCCAAGAGCACGACGAAUGGGAGGUGAACAACUUCGCGGGCAAGCGCAACGAAAGGCGCUACAAAUGCUGCCCUGAACCCUACCCGGACAUCACCUACAGCAUGACUUUCGAAAGGAGAUCAACCUACUACAACCAUGUCUUUGUUGCGCCAGGCGUCCUGCUCAUUCUUCUGAUUCCGUUCCUUUUCUUGAUGCCCUUUGAGACUGACGAGAAAACGAUUGGAGGUAUCGGUAUCAUGAUUUCCCUACUCCUGAUGAUUCUGAUGUUCGAGGUGUUCUUACCCUCCGGACUUUCAACGUGUCCAUUGCUUGUCCAUUAUUAUGCAGCAGGUUUCGUUGUUGCUGGCGUGGCGGUGAUAUUUUUGGCUAUCAACGCCAACAUUUGGAGGACCAAGGCCAGCACAAAACCACCAAACUGUCUUGCUAAGGUCUUCCUCGGAACAUUCGGCCGCGUGCUCCGCAUCAAGGCAGAGGAAUACCGCAUGAUCGCCGAUCCCAUUAUCGCCAACCAAUCAGCAGGAGCCGAGUCCGCGCCCAACAGGAAGCCCAGUGGCGACGCCGCCGCUGACGGUGGCGAAGGGGGUGAUGCUGAUGGGACCGCGGACACCAAGAUUGUCAACUCUACACCUGAGAGGAAUCAUGCUAUGGAGUGGCGCUUGAUUGCUCUUUCGCUGAACCGACUCUCAUUCCUGGUUUUCCUGGUGAUAGCACUGAUCAUCACAAUUGGUAUCCUUACCUUCUAAAAUGUGGCAUUUACACCAAAUGUGUCUAUGGCUAAACCAAGAAUUAAAAACAGAGGAAGAAAUCGGAGAACCACAGAUAAACAUGAAGUAUGAAACUGAAGAUUGCGACAGGAAUUGAACUGGAAAUAAACCAUUCACGCAAUGCUAUCAGAUUAGUCCCAAACAACGUCGUUUAAGUCUGUAAGAAGAAUAAUUAACCGGUAGAACUGAAAUCAAUAAGCGAUAUCAUUAAUUAUUUGUGUAUCAAAACUCAUAAUCCAGUAUAGGAUGAUCAGUCGUGUGCUUUAUGAAGCGUUCUUGGACAAUGUGGUCUCAUUAUCAUUAUAAACCAAAUACAUAUAGCAAUUUCAUUUCUUUUUAUCUACUCUACCGGGAUUGGUAGAAUUUUAGGACGAAUUCGUCAGUUUUAUAUCCAAGUGAAUUUUGUAUAAAAUUUCAACAGAGCGAAUAGGUUGACAGCUCUCAUUAUGGUAAAAUACCGCCUAUUAACAGCUACAUGUAUAGCUUGAACACGAAACAGCCAUGACUGUGCGCUUGAAAUCUAAGUCUUCAGUUAGAAAUGCAUUCGAGACAACGCACGGGCUGCAUGCAAAGGCCAGUGAUGGCCGGUGCCCAAUGUAUUAAAUUCUUAUUCAACACGAAUAUCUACAUUUAGAUGGAUACAAAUUGGUCAGGACUUGGUCAAUAAAAUAAAGUUCGAAGCAACGACGAAUCUCGAGUUAUAAAAUUGGGCUCUGGGUGUAGUCGCCCAGGAUAGGCCUGUAUCACUUUGCAUUUUGAAAUUAAGCCUUGCAUGCACGUUUUGCUAAAUAUUCUUUACGAUAUUGAAAUGUACACGUCUAUUUAAAUAAGAAAUUUCUUAAAAAAAGAGACAACUUUUACAAUUCCAAUUUGUGUUCAGAUCUGUUUUUCAAUGAUUACCUUUCGAGAUUAGUAAAGAACAUUUUAGUCCUGCUCGGAUGCAGUUACAUGUACAUGUACGAUUCGUUACCCUUCCCCAUUGCAGAGACCACGUGUUUGUAACGAUAACCGGCCUCCGAGGUUAGUGAGAUAGGAUUGUACAUGUAGAAAUCCCGUAGAUGUACAUGUAGAAGGCUAGGGAGAAGAAAACACAAUCGAAGAAAGGGUAGUUAAUGGGGUUUUUAUUAUGUAAAAAAAU